ACCAGAGGAGACAAAAAGAAAGGGAAACAAAUUAACAAUAGUAAAAAUAAUGCAAGAGAGGAUAAUCACAUACAUAAAGGAGAUACAAACAAUGGCACUUUAAAAUAAUAAAAUGUUACACAAUUUUAGAAGGGGAUUUUAAAGAAAGCACAACAAGACAAUUUUUUCCUAGCUUUGGACUUCUCAGAAAUAGAAAGCGUUUGAAGGUGAUAAGAAAGACUUUGAAUAAUGGCUAGAUCAUGCGGAUGUGUUUUUAGCUUUUAGCCAGUUUUAGCUAAAUGACGUCAUAAAGAUGCGCCAUGCUCCUGUAUCUGAUCUGCAUCUGAUGUGAGUCGUCUGAAAAAAGAAAAACUCUUGUUGAAGCGACUGAGAUCUACAUGGCACACUAUUAUAAUGAUGGCGCUCAUUAAAGAGGAGAGUGAAGAUAUAAAGAUUGAAGAAACACUCCGAGUGAAAGAAGAAGAUGAUACAGAGGAAACAGACCCGAUGACACUGAAAGAGGAGGGCCAAGAACUGAAUGAAAUAGAAGAGAAAUAUCAAUAUGAGAAGCAUGAUGUCACAAAUAGAGAAAAAUCCAUACAGACUAAAACGAGUUCCUCACGAAAAAGAGCUCAGAAGAUGGGCACCGGGAGCUUCUUCACCUGCUUUCAGUGUGGAAAGAGUUUCAAACAACAUGACAGCCUUCGAGCCCACAUGGGAAUUCACAAUGGAGAGAUGCUUUUCACCUGCCAACAGUGUGGAAAGAGUUUCAAUCAAAAAUAUGACCUUGGACUCCACAUGAGAAUUCACAAUGGAGAGAAGCCUUACAAAUGCGAACAGUGUGAGAAAAGUUUCACUUACAAAGGAGGCCUUAAUUCCCACAUGAGAACCCACACUAGAGAGAAGCCGUUCGCAUGUGACCAGUGUGGAAAGAGUUUUUCACAGAAGCACGUCCUUAAUUCCCACAUGAGCACUCACACUAGAGAGAAGCCUUUCGCAUGUGGUCAAUGUGGAAAGGCUUUCAAACUUAAAGUGAGCCUUAAAAACCACAUGAGGAUUCACACAGGAGACCACCGUUUUACAUGUAAUCAUUGUGAAAAGAGUUUCUGCAAUAAAGAUAGCCUCACGAGGCACAUGACACUUCACACUGGAGAGAAGCCUUACAAAUGCAAAGAGUGCGGCAAAAGUUUCACACAGAAAGCACUCCUUGUUUCUCACAUGAGAAGACACACUGGAGAAAGCCCGUUCACCUGCGAACAGUGUGGGAAGAGCUUCGCACGAAAAGGAAUUCUGCAGAUUCACAUGAGAAUUCACACUGGAGAAACACCAUUCUCAUGUGAUCAGUGUGGGAAGAGUUUCAAUCAUAAAUCAUCGCUUGAUUCACACAUGAGAGUUCACACUGGCGAAACGGCAUUCAAAUGUGAUCAGUGUGGAAAGAGUUUCAAUAAUAAAUCAACUCUUAAUGCGCACAUGAGAGUUCACACUGGAGAGAAGCCUUACACUUGCGAACUGUGUGGGAAGAGCUUCACACAAAAAGGAAAUCUUAAGAAUCACAUGACCGUUCACACAGGAGAGAAGCCGUUCGUAUGUGUUGAGUGUGGGAAAUGUUUUAGACGUUACUACGGCCUUAAUUUACAUAUGAAGAUUCACUCAGGAGAGCAGUGUCCUCGUUGUAGAAAGAGAUUCCCAGACAAGAGAUGCCUUGACAAGCACAGAAAAGUUCACACUGGUGAGAAGACUUUCAGAUGCCGUCACUGUGGAAAGAGUUUCAACCAGAACACACGCCUUCAGGUUCACAUGAGAGUUCACACUGGAGAGAAAAGUUUCACAUAUCGAGACCUGAAGCAUCAUUUGCAAACUCGUUCUAGAAAGAAAUCGCAGGACUCUGAAUGUGACAAAAAGACUAUAAAAGUCUACAAAAGUCUGAAGUCUUCAAAAAUAAUGAGCGGUUUCAAAAAUCACCUGCGCAUCUACUCUGAAGAAAGGCAAUUUGAAUGUGAUAAGUGUGAUAAAAAAUGUAAUUUUCCAUCACACUUACGGAUACAUCUGAAAAGUCAUGCGGAUAUCAGACGUUAUUUUUGUUCUUUGUGUGGAAAGAGAUUUAAAUGGCUUGGUCAUUUAAAAUGGCACCAGAAAACACGUAUCUGUGUGAAAAUAAGGCUACGGUCGCGUGACAGCUGAAUGAGGGACUGAUAUCAUGAAUACAAGAGAAUAUUGGGUACAUCGAUACAAGAGAAUAGAAAAAAUGUAUAUUAAAAAUGUAUUUGCAAUAAAAAGUAAUAUAUCUCUAGAUCAAAAGACUUUACAGAUGUGUGCAUUAUGUCCUGUACAACUGUAUAAAUACAAAUAUGUAUUUACGAAGUAUCUAUAUUGCCUAACUCAGAUGGCAAACAUGUAAUAAGAGUCCUGAAUUAUAUAAAAACUGGCAGUAAUUGCUUGCAAUUUAAAGGGAUACUUCAGGAUUUAGCAUUAAUGCUUGUAUUAGUAGAAAACCUGUAGUAUUUU